ACUUUCCUGCUUUAUCUCACCGUUGUGGUUGUUGAUCCUUCCUUUCAUCAUCCAUCAUCUACCUACUCGAGUAUACCGAACUUCCCCUCCUUAUCUACUCCUACUACCCCUCCAACAGCCAACAUGCCUGCCUUCCUCAAGAACAUCAAGAACAAGCUCAAGGCUAUCUUCAAGAAGAAGAAGACUGCCGAGGAGAACCCCGAAGGUGCUGCUGCUCCUGCUGAGAACACUUCUGCCGCCGACAAGCCCGCUGAGCAGGCUCAGACCGAAGGUGUUUCCGCCGCUCCCCCGACCCUCGAGGUGACGGAGUCCCCGGCUGGCGAGGCAAAGCCUGAGACGGAAGCUCAUGCGGAAGCCGCUGCCGGUGCAUCUGAUGCCGCUGCUAAGCCCGCCGAGACUGUUGGAGACGCAGCUGACAAAGAAACCAAAUAAUUGCCCUUAGGCUUCAGCUGAUGCAGCUCUCAUUGCGUGCAUCAUCCACUCCUUCGCCCGUGGCAUCAUUUUCCUACCCUUUGCAUCAUCUUCUCAUACCCCAGCAUAGACUGCGCUGAUUUCAUUCUGUUGUUGCUCUUCUCUUGUUGAUAUCCACCUUUUUCAUAUACCCUGUACUGCUUUCAAUAGCCAUGCGUAUUCGCAUAGUCUAAUAAUUCAGUCUGUCCGCGUCAAGCAAGUAUCUCAGCUCACUCGCAGUGUAUUUCGUAAAAACUAGAAAAAUCUGAUCAAUCAAAUCGAUGAUUCGAUAUCAACGUGGGUAUCAUAAGCCGAAACUGAGCUAGAAGAACAUAC